UUUAGCAAGUCCAUACUUGAAGGUUUUUUUUCACCAGUACACAAACAAAUGUGUUGUUUGAAAUAAAAUUAGGUGGACCAUUGGAAAUUUGUUAACUUUUCUGGGGCUAUAAGGAAAUAAAAAACUAUUGUGCCAAUUAUUCUUGAUGAUUUUAGGCUUUCACCAUACAUGUACAAAAUCUGGAGUACUGCAGGUAUGCUGAUGAUAUUGCGAUAUAGCCAUUAAUGCUUUUCAUAUGUUUCAUAUAGGUUUUCGGCAUGCAGCAGCCUUAAGACAAAAUGUUAUGUAGUUGUCACAAUAAAUGUUUUACUUCAGAGUGUAUCAGAAACUCAACUCAAAUAUUAAUUUAAAUUUCAGACCCAAUUGCACACACCAAUUGUGGAGCACACCUCCAGUAACAUGCAGGAAACGGCUAUAAACAAGCUGCCGACACCCAACAGCAUGGACAUUGUCACCUCCACUACCACCAAUAAGCUGCCCUAUAUGCCAGAUGCAACAUCCAAGCCAGCAUCACAACCAAUCAUGAACAACAUCAGCAACCAAAGCUCUCACCAGUGUCCUAUCCAAGGAACACCAUCCACCAGUCAACUACUACCCCACUCUCAAGAGGGUGGCACACCAACAUCCGAUGAUAAUGGGACAGCUAGGCAAGAGGUACACUCCCUGAGUAACAGCAUGUCUUGCAGCCAGGUUGAUGCCUGCUAUAACCCGGACUCAGAUUCCCCAGGUGUCAUAGAUGGAAGUGAAGAGGGACCAGAAGGCCUAGAUGCCAUGUCAGAGGUGUCAGACCUGUCGGAAACUACUACAGAUCUAACAGAUGAUUCUGACCCGGAUUACAUACCGGAAUCUGAUGAUGAUGUUGGGGAAAGGGAGAUGAGUCCUGUCGUUCCUAUCCCUGGAUCUUUUAAUAUUCAUCGUGGUUGUCUACCCACUCAUGAAGAUGAAGCAUCAACCAGUGAGAAUCAUGUAGACAGCACCUCAAAAGCAGUAUUGCAUGCCUGCAGUAGGUCUUCAGGGAUACAAGUGAAUGCCACAGCAAAUGGAAGAAGUAAAAGCUGGGAUAAAGUCCAAUAUUGUCCUUUCUGCAUGGAACCUCAGAAGAAAUUACCUCGCCAUUUACAAACUCCCAAACACAGAAACGAACCACAGGUGCAGAAAUGGCUUUCUAGUGAAGACCAAAAGGAUAAAGUGAGACAAUUGACACUAAUGCGCAAUUAUGGAAACUACCUACACAAUAUCUCUGUCCUGAAGAAGGGAGUUGGAGAACUCAUUGUUGUUCAUAGGCCAGCAGACAAGUCAGAUCCAUCAGAUUACGUUCCCUGCUCAAACUGUUAUGGUUUUAUCACGAAGACAGAAUUGUGGAAACACAAGUGCAGCCAGAUACUUGAUAGUAUACCAUCUGGGAAAACAAAGAAACGAGGAAAAGUGCGUGCUGCCAAAAUGCUGCUACCAAAUACUCCUGGGGUGGAUACGAGAACCAUUGAAAUCCUGUCGAACAUGAUCGAUGACAAUAUAGCCGCUGUGGUCAGGUCGGAUGACCUAAUAACAAAAUUUGCUGAGAAGUUAACCAUGAAACAUGGACAUAGCAGAGACCAAGAGAACUAUAUCAGGCAACGGUCAAGGGAGCUAGGAAGAAUGGUCCUCGAGUACAGAUCAAUGACAGGGGAGACCAAUGUCGAUCUUGCAAGUCUCAUACGUCCUGAGAAGUUUGUUGCAGUGACGUCUGCUACAAAACUGGCUGCAGGAUUUUGUGCUGAAAACAAUGUCUACAAAACCCCCAGUCUUGCAUUAAAGAUCGGACACGGUCUGAAGACUUGUUGCGAGAUUCUACAAGGAAAAGCCAUUAUGACGCAGAACUCUGCCAUCAAGAAAAGUUGCAAGGCAUUCUUGACCCUGUAUGACCUUCAAUGGGGGAGCUAUGUAACUCACCAUGCACUAAGAAGUCUUCAAGAAGGAAGAAGAAAUAACCCAAAGUUGUUGCCACUUACCGAAGAUGUAGUCAAAUUUGCGAAACAUCUCAAGGGAGAAAUGCAUGCAAAAUUGAAUGGGCUUGAGAAAGAGAGCAACACCAACAGAAUUGCACAUGAAUGGCAUAAUCUUUCUGAAGUACUGCUGGCACAUAUUGUUGUCUUCAACAGGAAAAGACCUGGAGAGGUCUCAAAAAUGACCAUGCAAGAUUAUGAAAAUUGCUCGCAAGGAGAAGGUGGUAUAAUUGAUGGUGCUCUCAGCAAGUGGGAGAGAGCACUUUGUCGAGUUCUAUGGAGAGUCGAAAUCGUGGGAAAACGUUUGAGGACGGUGCCUGUACUUUUGACAACGACAAUGAAGAGGGCAAUGGACUUGUUGAAAGAGAGGAGAUGUGAGGCUGGCAUCGAGGAGAGCAACACAUAUGUGUUUGCUGGAUCAGGGGAAGGGCACCGGAGAGCAUGCGAUGCUAUCCGUGUUCAUUCCACCAAAUGUAAUGCUGAACAUCCAGAACAUCUCAGAGCAACACAUCUGAGAAAGCAAAUUGCCACUGUAGCCCAGAUUAUGAAUUUAAAGGAAAAUGAGCUAGAUGUCUUAGCUAAUUUCCUUGGGCAUGACAUCAGAACGCAUCGGGAAUACUAUAGACUCCCAGAUUCAACAGUGCAACUGGCGAAGGUUUCAAAAGUUCUUCUGAAGAUGGAGAGGGGAGAUCUUGAAGGUCUUGCCAAUAAAGGACUAGAGGAAGUGCAGUUGGAUCCCAGUGAAGAGUACAUCACUGAUGCCGAGUCAGAUUCUGAGGGUGAAGAUGUGCAGUCUGAUGAUUCACCUUUGGUGACUGUGAGGACAGAAGACUGUAGUGCCUACUCUGGGAAAUCAAAAAGUCCUUCUGAGAAUCAUCCAAUCAGGAAAGUCUGGACUUUGAAAGAGAAGACAACUGUCGCAGACCAUUUGGGCUCAUUUCUCCUAAGACGUACCCUACCAGGAAAGGCACAUAUUUUGAAACUCUUCAAUGCAGAGCCACAAACCUUUCGGGAUCGAUCUUGGACCAACGUGAAAGAUUUCGUUCGAAACCAGAUUCGGAAGAAGGAUGUAAUGGGAUUCUUGAAGAUGUAAAGUACAUUUAUGAAUGCUCAUCAUGAUACAUAUUAUAUAUACCUGUAGACAUUGUGACAUUUCUCCCAAAAGGGGAGGGGAGGGGGAUGUGGCAAUGGACUUAUCGUGUCAGGCUGUUGCCAAAUGAUUUGUUAUCAUUGUGUGCUUGUACAUAUAUGCAAAAUAAUUGGGGCACUUAAGUUAGACAGAAAAAAGAUAUGUUUGUUGCCUGACUUGAAAUUCGGCAAGAUCCCUUCUCCCUCCUCCCUUUUGGAAUUGAUUUGUUAAGUUCAUACAUGAAGGUUUAGGUUCAGAACUGAUGAUAUACAUGUACAGGAGAAAUGUGUAAUGUAUUGUAAUGCUGCUCAUGUAUGCAUUAUGAGAUUUUAUCAAACCCUAAAGACAAAAUUUAUUGUUGAUUUUUUUGGAGUAGAUAAUGCAGUCACUAGUUAAAUGUGGGAUACCCUCAGUUGAUUUCAUUGAUUACUUUAGUUCAUACGUGAAAGAUUCAUAUUAUGGAAGUAGCUGUAUGUCCUGUUUCUUUUGUGAUUCUAUUUAAAGUUGAGACUUUGAAAAUGUGUAGUCACAUUUAAUUAGGUUUCGAGAAAUGUUGCACCAACAAAUAGAUUUCCUUUUGUUUAUGUAAAAUAUCUACAGUCGGUAUGGAAGUUCAUGUAGUGUAGCUCUAUUGAAGUAAAAAGCUAUCGAGUGAAAAACUGUUAAUUCAGCAACUUGGUGACAUGACUUUGCCCAUUCAUUAUAUGAAGGGUGAUGGAUGGGAACUUCAUAUAAGAGAAGCAAUAAUUAUAGGUAUAUAGAAUAUUUCAUGCUCUUCACUUGAAAUCUAAAUUUAUAUAUUAUGGUUUCAUUUGUUCUAGAUCAGUAUGAAAGAAACAAAUGUUCCCUAACAGUUUCAUCAUUUGGUUUUUAAUGAAAGUUAUAUAAAUCCUCUCCACAUAAUAUAUGUACGACUUCAACAUUAUUUUGUGUAGAUAAAUGCGUUUAAUAGCAAUUCACCUCAUUUAAUUGAUGCAAUUGAUUUAAGCACUGUAGAUUUCAAAGAUGUAAUAUGGUAUAAAUGAAGACUGUAUGUAUACUGUGUAUGAGCAAGGAAUUUAAAGACAUAAAUUAUGUCACAAGUAUCGUUUUAUAUUACUUAAAGCACAUGGAUCAUAUAUGUUUAAUUUCUUUUUAAUCAGUAAACUAGUUUUCAGCUUUAUCAGUAUGCUGACCAGGAUUUAGGGGCAAAGAAUAAACAUGUACAGUACCUGUAUGUCAACGCAUUAUAACGUUUAUAUAUAUGAAAAUAAUCAUCUUAAGUUUGUUAAAGAGGUUCUCAUAUGCACUGGGGCUUUUAGAAAUAUUACAACAAAUAUGGACGUCCUUUAUACUACAGUUGUGGAGUGAGAUAAAAUGCUAACAACUUGAUAGUAACAAAAUUACUUCACUCUGAUUGACAGAUCUAAUCUACAUCUCUUGGUAAUUGAUAUAUUUAAUGAUAAAAAAGCCAUAAUUUUGAGUAAAAGAGAUUAUUUUAUAAGUCUAGAAUAACUUUAAAAUUGUUAGAGAUAUGUUAUCUUUCAGUUCAGUAUGAAAGGAAACAGUUGGUUCCUUGACUUUUUAAGUGUGAAUCCCACAUUUAUUUUGUAGUUCAAUAUAUGCUCUAUGACUCAAGUCAUACAGUUUGUUAUUGCACUUUCAACGUUAGAAUUUUGGGCUAAAAUUUUUAUGUGUUAUGUAGUUCUUUUUACUAAAAAUAUAAUGGCAGUGACAGAUUCAGACU